UCUUACACUAUGGAAACACAAAUUUUUCCUCUUCUUGCUCUUGCAGACGUUGAUGGGCUGUCUUAUAGAGGUUUCAUUACCAUCAAAGGACAAGAACUUCCCUUCGAAAUACAAUUGGAAAAUGUUAAAACAUUAAAAAAUGCAAAAUUACAUGGUAGUCCAGAACUUAAGAGAUUACUUUUUGGCCAUGAAAAAGCUUUAAAACAGUCUUUUUACAUCAGUAGCGCCUUGAACAAUGUUCUAGUUUGACUGAGUUCUUCGUGGAUCUUAAAGAUUUACUUGUUGAGUAAUUAUAAUUGUUUUAAACAAAUAUGACUAUAAUUUAAAAUAUUAUUUAAUCCAUUAGGAACGUAUUAUAACAAAAGAAAAGCGUGAACCUAUGCCAGAUGAGAGUUAUUAUUCAAAACUCUUGUCAGAAUUAGAUACUGUUGGAUGGGAUAAAUUAGAAUCUAUUGAUCCUUCGCUUAAAUCCCUAACUUUAAUCUUGAACGAUUCAUCAGGUCGAAAACAUAAAAUUUACAUUUCCUUGUCGUUUUCUUAUCCACAAA